GUCUACUCCUCUCUGGCUUCCCGUCCAGCAUCUGCACUCAGCCCAACCGAUGCCUGCGCUGCCAUACUACGGCCAAUAUGGAUGAAGCUGGCCCGCUUAAAGUCCAGCAGCCGAAGCCCCAAGCCUUGCCCUCGCGAUCCGGUCCCAGCUCCAUCCUCGUCUCCCCGCGCCAAAAAGGCAACCCGAUUCUAAACGGCGUUCGCACUGUUGCUUGGGAAUACUCAGACAUUCCAGCAGACUAUGUGCUGGGUGCUACAACAUGCGCGCUUUUCCUGUCGCUCAAAUACCACCGUCUUCAUCCGGAGUACAUCUACAACCGCAUUCGUGACUUGAGGGGGCAGUACAGCCUGCGCAUCCUGCUCACCAUGGUAGACAUCGAAAAUCACGAGGAUUCGCUGCGGGAGCUCUCAAAGACUUCACUGAUUAACAAUGUCACGCUCAUGCUCUGCUGGAGUGCCCAGGAGGCUGGUCGCUACCUCGAGCUCUUCAAGACUUUCGAGCACGCUGCCCCAACAAGUAUCCGCGCGCAACAAUCGACGAGCUACUCCGAUAAACUAGUUGAGUUCAUCACGGUUCCUCGUAGCAUCAACAAAACAGACGCCAUAGGAUUAGUCUCGAACUUUGGAAGCAUCCGUACCGCACUCAACGCUGGGCCGGAGGAAGUUGGUUUGAUUGCUGGUUGGGGAGAGAAGAAGGUGCAACGCUGGUGUAAUGCUGCCAGAGAGCCGUUCAGGAUCAAGAAGGCUGGGAAGCGAGGCGUCGGUGGCAAUGACAGUCGAGCCACCAUGUCGAGGGACGUGUCUAGGGCAGAUGGGGAAGACUCGACAGCAAAUGAGCUUGAUCCAAGUGUCGCAGCACGCCUAGGAAUAGGUAAUGCUCCGAUAGACUUGGAGAUGAAUAGGCCUGCCCACCCCAUAACCGCAGAGGCAGGUGCAGACCGGCGGCCUGAAACGCAGGUUGCAGAAGAAGCUCCUGCAUGGGGCGAAGACGAAGACGAAGAAGCUAUGCGUGAGGCAGGGAGCGGUGCUGUCCAAAUGGACAAGCCGAGGUCGACUGCCUCGAGCAGUGGGAAGCAGAAGGCGGGUGACGCAGAAUUGAGUGAAGGAAUCAUGGCCGCCCUGAACAGGUUGCGGCAGCAGUAGAAGAAGCUUUGCAGCUAUGCGUAAUAUCCUCUGUAGUAAAGUCCGUUUAGUGACGCUUGCUCGAAUGAGGUGACAUUCAAACGUUUACUGUAUCUUAUCAGCCAACGUGGAACGUGGCGGGGGCAGUUCAAAACCGAAGUUUGCAUCCUACAAAC